AUGAGCAAAAAAGAAAAUGAUGUGCUUUUAUCUGUCUUGUUUGGUUCAAUUUCAGGAUUAUUGGGGUCAUUUUUUAUUCUUAUUUUUCAACAUUGGGCAAUUUCUGUAUUGCUGCAACCACUUGAUCGCCUGAAAACUUUAGUACAACAAGAUACCAAUAUUCCAGUUAAUUCAUUUACUCAAAUAAGAGCAGUCGUGAACAGUCAUGGGAUAUUUGAUCUCUGGCGUGGUACUUUGCCGACUCUACUGCGUGUCGUUCCUGGUGUUGCAUUGUAUUUUGGUUGUUUGCAAAUAGGUCAGAAUAUAACGUCGCAUCUGGAAAAUACGUAUCAUAAGAAUUUUAUUUUGGGCUCGUUAUCCCGUACUGUCGCAGCUCUGCUUCUUAUGCCAGUGACAGUUAUCAAAACUCGUUUUGAAAGUAACUUGUACAGAGAUGCUGGUAUGAAAGCAGCAACGAAGGAACUAUUUCGCCAGCAUGGCUACAAAGGUUUGUAUCGAGGAACCGUCCCAACAUUGUUGCGUGAUGCUUCAUUUUCAGGCAUCUAUCUUGCUUUUUAUCGGAAAAAUUUAGAUUUUUUUUGUAAAGAUAACAGCGUUCAUGCACCAAGUGAGCGGUUGAUUAGUGGUGUGAGUGCUGGCAUAUGUUCUUGCGUUAUUACUCAACCUUUUGAUUUAAUAAAAACGCGCAUACAGCUUUACCCUUCGCAAUCACUUAGUCGACUUAUCUCAGAGUUUUACCAUAAGGGCAGUUUCGCGACGUUGUUCAGGGGAUUUCUGUUUCGUUCACUCCGGCGUACAUUAAUGGCUGCCAUUAGCUGGACUUUAUUCGAUGAGGUAUGGUUAAGAUCUCGUGCAUCAAAAUAGUU